CUGGCAUGGCAGGGCGUUUGCAAUAAAACCAUUCAUUUCUUCACUAUUUUAACAUUUUCCUGUCUGUAAAUCAUCAUGACAUCUGGAGGAGUUUCUCUCAUCAAUAUGUCUUAUUGGGAGAGUGGGAAAAGGAGGAUACGAUUCUUGUAUCUUACAAACAAUAACACCUUUAACGUUACUAAACAAAGCACACAUGAGGAUCAGAUGAUCCCUCUCUUUCUUGGAGCUGAUCUGUUCUCAGACACAGACGUUCGCAGUGAAAACCAACCCAGAUACCAUGCGAAAUAUGCUAAACGAGGAUUGGCAACUAAACUGGUUUUCUCAUCAGACUUCAGAUUCCAAGGGCUACGACUUCCCUUUUCCAACAACAGUCUGUGGUUCUAUAGUGUUCAAGGGGUUUUUCGAGUGGCAUUUGACCUAUAUAGCAAACAAGACCAGCUCUCAAUUAUGGAGUCAUUUCAGGAUCUAUGGAAAUCUCGAAUAAAUGACAACAACUUAAACACGACCUAUCAUCUGGGUGCCCAGGAUGUUCAACCCCAAAAUGAUCAAGAGGCACAAACAAUUUUGGCAAAUAAUAAAACAUGUACAUCAUACCAAGGCCAUCAACACUCUGACGGAGGGGAAAUGAACAUCUUUCCAAUAACCACAAUUCAGUCAGAUAUUUCAUCAUCUACAGAUCAUGACUACUGUUCCUUAACAGAGCAGACGAACUUAAGCCAGUGUCGUUUACUUGCUGAUAAACUUCACAGUCUAGCGGAAAAACUGAAGUUACUUACAAAUAUGGAAGCAGAACAAUUAAACACUACCACAAAGGUCUUGGACUAUGUUGAAUACUCUAUUACCGGGAUGAUUGACGAGGAAAGACUGACGGAUACUGUGAUGGCACUGUUUCACUCUCAUUUUAAGAGCUACUCCAUCUACUCAAGCAGUCUUUUAAAAGCUGUGGCAGGUUGGCUUGGCCAGCAGUUCAAUGCAGCCAACAGCACCAUUAGCCACCGGGUUGAAGGUUUUAAGACCCAACACAUUGAGCACAUUACGAACUUGCCACCUCCAGAGGAGCUGGCAACUGAACUUUUCCCAGAGGCAAUGCGAAAUCUUCUUGCACACUGGAUGGGUCUGAGUGACGAGGCAGAACACUGGAAACGACACAGCGAAUAUCCAAUUUUAUUGCUUAUCCUAGAAUUUGCCAAUCACAAUCUUAUCACUGGAGUGGCCCAUGUAUUGUAUUCCAGUCUAAUAUGCAAAUAAGUGUAGUUAUUGAGGACCUGA